AUGGCCUCGGUAUUCAAGUUUCCUUACCAAAGACUUGGAAAUGAAGCUGGCUUUGAAGAUUAUGAAGAAAGAGAAAGAGUGGUUUUGAGAUCGAGGGCUUGGUGUAGGUUCAAAAGGGUGUCCAUAAGGAGGAGGUUCAAGCUUAAGGUCCCAAACUUGAGGAAGUUCUUGAGGAGGAAAGCUAGGCUGCUCUCUGCAUUCAGAGUGUCAUGUUCAUGGGCUAAGGUGCUGAAGAGAUUGAAGGAAAGUCAGGCUCAUUUUGGUGAUAUUUUUGCUGGAAACUACCUGUUCAUUCAAGUCAACCCAACCUCAUUGACAUGCCUUAAAAGGGAUCGUGAUGUUUAUGGCCUGUCCUCGAGGUACUCUCUUCCAAGAGUUGCUUAA